GGCUAUCUCCGUGCGGAUCAUCGGCAGAAAAGGGAAGGUCACUACGAUAUCGAGCACGCGAUGAUAUGCGCGUGUCCGGGGAUUAGCUGCAGUGGGUAGGUGAUGUUAUCUAUCAAGCCGGGGGCGCGCGCAAUAUAUAAUCGAGCGUAUCUCUACAGUCGAAAUGACAGACUUCGUCUGUUACAUUGUCCGGGCUUGUAGGUGCUUGGAAUUGUUGCCGAGAUGAAGUCAAUCACAGCGGUCGUCCAGCUCCUGCUGGCAGCCGGCGCCUCUGCCAGUUUCAGGAAGCAUACUGCUGGCAUGCAGCUCGGUCCAAUUGACGAAGAUACUAUCCUCGCAGCUGGUAAUGGCACCGCCGGUUGGGGUACUUUCGAGCAGUUACUCGACCACUCCAAUCCUGACCUCGGCACGUUUUCGCAGAGAUACUGGUACGGCGCGCAAUAUUGGAAGGGUCCUGGUUCGCCCGUCAUUCUUGUCAAUCCCGGCGAGCAAGCCGCAGAUGGGUUCAACGUGAGUUACACCACGAACCAGCGUCUGACCGGACUUUUCGCAGAGAAGCUCGGCGCUGCAGUCGUCGUCUUAGAGCACCGAUAUUGGGGCGAAUCCUCGCCCUUCGACACCUUAACCGUCGCGAACCUCAAGUACCUUACUCUCGAGAACUCCAUCAAGGACAACACCUAUUUUGCCAACAAUUUCGAUACCCCGUUCGACACGACCGGGAAAAGCAGUGCGAAAGAUGCCCCAUGGAUCUUCACGGGUGGAUCUUACCCGGGCGCCUUGGCUGGCUGGAUUGCCGCUAAAGACCCCGGUACGUUCUGGGCGUAUUACGGCACUAGUGGUGUGGUCGAGGCCAUCGGAGAUUUCUGGCAGUAUUUCGUCCCGGUCCAGGAGGCGACGCCCCAGAACUGCAGCACGGACUUGUCCGCAGUCAUCGAAUACGUCGAUUCCGUUCUCCUGCACGGUAGUCCCAAGGAGAAGACUCAGUUGAAGGCCAAGUUCCAGCUAACCAACUUGGAGGAUGCCGACUUCGCGGCAGCUUUGGAGAAUGGACCUUGGACCUGGCAGUCUGGUCAAUUCUACUCCAGCACUUCGCUGGGAUACAAUCCCUACUACCAGUUCUGCGAUUACAUCGAGAACCAGUUCCCGAAUACUACCAACCCCGUGCCCGGCCCCAAGGGAGUUGGCUUGGCCAAGGCAUUAGACGGCUACGCCAAAUGGUUCACCACGCUCGAGCUUCCCGGAUACUGCGAGGGCUACGGUUAUUUCAACGGCACGUACAACACCGACUGCUUCCAAUCGCUAAACGCCUCUAACCCCAUCUACCACGACCUUACGCCCAGCAACGCGGGUAACCGACAGUGGAAUUGGAUGCUGUGCAACGAGCCCUUCGAGUUCUGGCAAGACGGCGCGCCGAAGAACCGCCCCACCAUCGUCUCGCGCCUCGUCAACAAGGCGUACUGGCGUUCUCAGUGCCCGCUCUGGUUCCCGGAACCCGAGUACGGGAUCGCGCAGGGCAAGUCCGCCGAGGACGUGAACAAGUACACGGGCGGCUGGUUCGAGACCAACACGACCCGUCUGAUGAUGGCGAACGGGCAAUGGGAUCCGUGGAGAGACGCGACGCUUAGCUCCAAGUUCCGCCCCGACGGCCCGAAGAAGAGCACGGCUGAGUUCCCCAUCCGCGUUAUAGAACACGGCACACAUUGCUCUGAUCUGUACGGACAGAACUGGGCUGUUAACCCCGGCGUCAAGGCCGUUGCCGACGCCCAGGUUGCCAAUAUGGCGACGUGGGUGCAGGAAUUUUAUGAUGAAAAGAAUAAAACUAAUACGCAUGUGUACCUUUAAUAGCCAUAUUUAGCCAUGUAAAUUCGUAUAUAUAUGGCGCUAUUUGGAAUAUAAUAAUUUUAUCUCGUAA